GGGUAAAAGGCGCGGCGCGGGGCCGGCUCCGCUCCAGAGAGGCCCGGGGCGCGGCGGCGGCGGCGGCGGCGCAGCGACGGCGGCGGCGGCGGCGGCGGCGGAGGCGGGCGAUCCGCGGGAGCAGGGCCGCUGUCGGCCGGGAGCCCGCGUGCCGCCGCGCACGGAUGCGCGGCCGCGCGGGGUAGGCGCAGCGGCGGGCGGGGCGCCGCUCCCCCGCGCCGUCCAUGCGCAGCCGGGCGGCGGGCAGGCGGCGAGCGGCGGCGGCGCGGCGGGGCCGGCGGGCAGCAUGAGCCAGAGCGAGGUGUCCACCUGCUCGGCGCCGCCGAGCCAGCGCGUCUUCCAGGAGGCGGUGCGGCGCGGCAACACCAAGGAGCUGCAGUCGCUGCUGCAGAACAUGACGAACUGCGAGUUCAACGUGAACUCCUUCGGGCCCGAGGGGCAGACGGCGCUGCACCAGUCCGUCAUCGACGGCAACCUCGAGCUCGUCAAGCUCCUCGUCAAGUUCGGCGCCGACAUCCGCCUGGCCAACCGCGACGGCUGGAGCGCCCUGCACAUCGCCGCCUUCGGGGGCCACCAGGACAUCGUCCUCUACCUGAUCACCAAGGCCAAAUACUCCGCCGGCGCCCGGUGAUGCCGCGGCGCCGCGCCCGGGGGCCGCGCGCUGCCCCCGCCGCUGUUACUGCUUUCGGUGGGUGUUUUCGAGAGGUUGCGUGUGGUUUUUGUUUUUUUUUAAAUGUCAAAGCUGCUUGGACUCCAUGUUUUUGUUUUUUGGCAAAGAAAUUUGGGGCCCCACAAAGAUUUACUGAAAAAAAACCCCCAUCAUUUACCUUCUUUUUUUUUUUUUCUUCCAAGGGUUGUUUUCCUACUGUAAUUUUUUUUUCCAUCUACCUCGGCUGCACUCACAGUAUUCACAGUUUCAGUUUGACAUCUGGUCAGAUGCUUUAAAACGCUCCCUUCCCUUUGCCCGGCAAUAUUUAAUCCUUCUCUCCCCUGCCCCCCCCCCCCCCAACUCGUGUGGCGGCCUGUCCCUUGGUUUUAAAGUAUUCUGGCUCAGAAACGAAUUCAUUUCAACACUUCCUGAAAAACCAAGCCACGUUACUCCUCUAGGAACCGAGUGGUGCUUUUCCCCCCGCCCCGUUAGCGGGUGCGGAGGAUGCGAGCGCCGAGCGCGGCGGCCCGCGGCCUCCCGGGGACGGGACGGGACGGGCAGGUGCCGGUGCCGGUGCCUCGCGCCGCCUCGACCCUUUUCCGCAGUGACAGUGGACGAGUGUCGCUCCUUUUGCAGUCUCCUCCCGGUGUUUUCCUCCCGUUAAUUUUUUUGAGGCAACUCUAUCGGAAUACGACUCGUUUUUCUCACCCUGCCUGGUUGCUCCUUUUUUUUUGCGUUGGGUUUUCUUUAUUUUUUUUCUGCCCCUCGUUUUAUUUUUGGGUGUCCGAAGAAAGUCUGCAUCCUCACCUGAUUCUUGAAUCCAUUUAGCACACGUGAGAUCACAGGAAAAGACAUUUAAUCCUUCUAUUUUUUUUGUGUGUAAAGGGGGAUUAGCAAAUCCUGAACUUUUCUUUUUAAAAAAAGUGAAAUAAACUCUAGAGGCAGAGGAUUUGCUUUUGCACAGAAAAGGGCCGCGAGCGCUCUCUGCUGUCUAGAGAGAUGCCUGAAAACUACUGAGAAAUAGUUUGGGAACUUUUUUCUUUUGGUGAAACUUGGAUAACACUUCUCAAUGCAGAAUGAUUCAUUUGACUUGUAUAGAUUCACCUGCCUUUUAUACUAUAUAUAUGUCUAAAUAUAUAUAUUUAUAAAAGAAAGGGAGGAAGAAGAGAAAGCUACCCUAAAUCGCAUUUUGAAGUGACUGCACGUAUAAUCGCAAUGCUGCUUUUUAUUGCUAUGGCACAAGAACAUCCAUUUGGAAAAUGCGGAAAAUUUCAGAAGUCUCCUUUCUCCCACUGGUCUUUCAUCCCUCUUUUAUUCGUCUGCACUAAAAACAACCGUAUCACUGCCAUCUCCCUGCUCUUUCCUUUCUUACUCCCUUUAUCCAAACCAUUACAAUUAAAAAAAAAAAUAGUUACCUGCUGUUUUUUUUGGUUGUGUCUUAACUAUUUAUCAUGUAUGUAUAUAUUUGUGGGUGAAGUUUGUGAGCCUGGUUUUGUUUGAAGCUGGUGGUGAGUGUUUCAAAAUAUGGUUUGGGAAAUAUGCUUUUUUCCUAGUCUUAAAACUAAAAACUUGAGUCUGCCAUUGUUGUUUCCCAUUGCACUGAAUAUUCUGCUUUGUCUCUGAUGGUUUCACCUGCAGCCUUUUUUUUUUUUUUUUUUUUUUUUUUUUUUUUGCUUCAACAAUUUGAGACGAUUAAAAAGCUCCAGAUUUAAAGAAGAAAAAGGAAAAAAGCCCUGUCGAAAGUGUCUACUGUUAAUGCUGUAAUUUUUCGAGGAACUGCUUUGUUGAAAUCUUUCUGUGAGCAUUGAAGGUGGUGUUCAGCACUUCCAUUGGUGCUUCUGUGUAAUAGUUACGGGGUGGGAACAAUAUCUUUUCUAGAGAGGUUUUAUUAUGGUUACCAGAUGGUUGCACAUUUUUUUGGACUAAAUGGAUUUGCCACAAUGAAAUGUCAUAACAUUUAUGACAUGAUAUUAAAAAGUGUAUUUUAAAGCCAAGUUCUAGAUGGAUUUUUAAAAAAGAAAUCUUGGUUAUAAACCCAGUCUAAAGGGAGCUCUGUCCAGUGUUGUAAAGACAACAUAAUGUAACCCAUAUUUAUAUUUUUAUAAAAUACCUAUUAAGACUGUGAAUCUCCUGUGUGAAUUGCUGAGUGAGUUUAAGAAAAGUAUUGUUCCUUUCCAGCUUCCUGGAGCUUUAGACACGCUGAGAUUUUGGAAAUUGUACGUCGGGGAAGGGGGUUUGCUCUGAAAUUGUGAGUUGAUGUAUUUUUACAUCCCUUUGUAUUUUACUGAAAAGCUGCUGCCCUUCCUAGUCCCUAGAGUUUCAAUUUUCUAUGCAACCCCCACACCCUGUCUCUCUUUCUCCUGAGAAGUAAAAGGGAUGCAGAUUGAUUCAAAUUGAAAUGAGGGUCCCCCGCCCCCCUUGUUGGCUCAUAGUGCUGCUGACCCUUCACGCCAAAACGGGGAGUACAAGAGAAGAGGCAGGUGGGGGAGGCUCUUUCGUGCAUGACUGGUCACCUUACGGCAGUCAUCUUUUUAAUUAUUAUUAUUAUUUUUGUAAGAAGAAUAUAUUGAUAAUGUCAGUGAAAUAAGCAGACAUUGAAGCUGAUGCACAGAUUGCUCCAGAAAGGAGUUUUUCUGUAGAUUUUUCUUUAGAUGCGAAUACCUUUUUUAAUUAUGUUAAUUAAUGUUAAGAAUUUUUAGGCUUAUAUUGAAGCUGUAUGUGGGUCACUAUAUGAUCAUUUCUAACUGGAUAAAGUCUGUACAGUACAGCAUAUUCCUGAGUGUAUGAUAUAGACAUGUAGCCCCAGAGUGCGAAAUUUAUAAAUAAAUUUUUCAUUGAUCUUUUUAUAAAAAAAA